AUGCCCACAUAUAGUUUUUAAAGGGCUAUACACCCCAGGGCCAUAGUCAUGAGGCAGGCAAUCAGGCUCCUCCAAAAGCCAGGAGCAAAGGGCAGGUGGUCACAUAAAACCCAGUAACAAAAGGCAGUUUGUCACACUGCUCUGUUACUAGAUGCACUCGAUUAGGAUUUAAUAUCCAAGGGCAUAUUUUACCACUUAUUUCUUUGUCUUCACAGCCUCCUAAUUGGUUGCACAUCAGUCCACAUCGGUCCUUCACACUCUCGAAAGGAUGUGUGCAUGUUUUAUUCCAAGUUCCAUUGUUGGAUAAUCCUGGAGUCACUGUUCUUCUCAUCUAGUUGAUCGUCUGCUUUGGUCUUGUUGGAAUGUUCGUCGGCACCACCACAUCGUGAUGGCCAGGAAUAACAUGGAGAGAUGCAGGCAGAGAGCGGGGGGAGCAACCCUCAGCCCCGGUGCCAGGACACCCCUGUGAGCCACCCAGGACCUUCAGCAGCCAUGGAAAGAGAUUAUAUUGUGAGAGUCCGAGCUGUGGUGAUGUCCAGAGAUGAUUCUAGUGGGGGCUGGGUACCCAUGGGAGGAGGGGGUCUGAGUCAUGUGAUGAUCUGCAAGGUCCGUCGCCCCGACGCAUCCCACCAGCGAGAUUAUGUUAUCCGUGGGGAGCGACUGAGAGAUCAGACUAUUAUUUUGGAAUGCGUCUUGAAGAAAGGUCUGGUGUACAACAAGGCUAACCCCAUCUUCCACCACUGGAAGGUAGAUGAGAGCAAGUUCGGGCUGACCUUCCAGAGUCCUGCUGAUGCUGUGACGUUUGAGAGGAGCGUGCAGUCAGCCAUGCAGGAGCUGGCAGAAGGCUCUCUUUCUCAUUCUUCAUCCUCCCCCUCUUCAUCCUUCACACCUGAAGAAGGAGACAUUCCCGAAGAUGCUGUGCCACUGCCCACAGACAGUGAGUCAUCUUCAAACAGCAGGAAGGAGAUGUUACCAAAACAUAUCACCAUUGUGACCAGUGAGUCCUCGUCCAGCUGCUAUGUCCGAUCUCCAGCUUCGGAAGAGUUUGGGUUUAGUAGUGGUCCAUCGGUCAGCCCUAGCACACAGUCACAGCCUUUGCAGUGCCUGUCCUUCCAUGACGAGGAGGAGCUGGAGAGCAUCAACCCUUGUAAAGACCUUUGGGUGUCAAAGGGAUAUGAAGACUACCGUCGCGCUGCCUUGCAGAGGCCAGAGCAGCCCAAAUCUGACCUUCGUGUUCACUUCCAAAAAGCCAGUGGAAGUAAAACCAAGGACAGACACUUCCCAGGUGCAACUGCAGCAACAGAAAGUGAGGGACCCGUGAAAGACCCAAGAGGCUCUCCUUCCUGCAGGAUUCAUGGCACGCCUUCCCCUAAGUCUAAGGAACAUGCUCACAUGGUGGGGGAGGAGGACACGGCCACUGCUCGAUGCGUGUACUGCAGGGACGUAUUUAGCAGUGAGGAGAAUGGAAGAGGGCAGUGCCAGGAUGCUCCUGACCCUAUCAGUCGCUGUGUUUACCAGCUUUCUUGCAUGUGGUGCGCUGAGAGCCUAUUGUACCACUGCAUGUCAGACUCGGAAGGUGAAUAUUCGGACCCAUGCUCCUGCGACCCUGGUCAUCCCCAUUUCUGUGUACGUUGGGUCGCCCUAGUAGCCUUGUCCCUUGUGGUUCCCUGCAUGUGCUGUUACCUCCCGCUGCAGGCUUGCCACUGGUGUGGAGAACAUUGCGGCUGUUGUGGAGGCAAACAUAAAGCGGUGCGGUGAGAGGAGGAGAGCAGGGAGGGAUAUGACACGAUCAUCCAUAGGCCUCCCAAAUUUCACCACCUCUUAACAGAGUGGCAGAAUAUGCCUCCAUCUCUGCAAGCGCCUAGGUGGUGAGACUGCUUUCGAAAAUAUCUGUGUUUGGGGAGGAUGCUGUUUGCAUAGUCAUCGACCCACCAAAAAAAAAGGGAAUUGGAAACCAAUUAGGGGGGCAGAUUUGGCAAUGUCCUGUCCUUACAUACCUACAGCCAAACCGAGCUAAGCACAGAGAUAAAAGCAGCCAAUAACAGCUAGCCGCAGGUUGGCGCAGACAGUCUACUUGCCUGCGGUGAGUGAAUCUACCCUUGGUUCACUGCUAUCAACUUUCGUGACAUAUAAAAUGGAACAAAAUAUUAGGUUGACGGUUUUUGGCUUUCAUUUGUUUUGUUGUUUUAUUUGUACAACA